ACAGAAAUAAGAUCAGGAUACCUGUUCAAGUCUCCUCCCCAAGGACGGUUGAAGACAGAGAAAUCAUGGAAGAAGCGGUAUUUUGUGCUCUUCAAAAUCAAUGAACAAGAACAUCAACUGAAGUACUUCAGGAACCCAGAGGAAAAGGACAGGCCGCUUGGAGGGAUAGACUUAUCGCAUAUCUCAUUGUUAUAUGUGAGCCCUCAAAACCACCAAAGAUGGGGAUGGGUCGAGAAGAGCUUCAAGUGCUCCCCAUCCUGUGUGCUCUACAUUAAGGCUGCUGACCGAGACUACUUCCUCAUCGGGGACACGAGCAAGGAAGUGGACGGCUGGUUCUCGGACCUGUUUGACGCCCUGAAAAACCGGCCACAUAAAUUGAUCAGUUCAGAGGAACUGUGUAAUGGUCAGCCAACAAUUGAGGUUAUUUCAGACCCAGUUAUGAAAAAAAAGAAUUCCGCCGGUGUGCCUGAAAAGGCAGAGUUGAAAAUACGGUCCAAGUAUGAAACAAUGACAGAACUUCAUGAACAACUAGCUCGGGCAGCGGACCGUGAAGUUGAGGAGGUCACCAAAAGCACCCUGAUGAGGUCUGUCACUGAAGUCUAUGACAAGUUCAAAACACAGACUUCCCCACUCCCUCCAUUCGAUGAGGAGACAGCUUCUGAGGACAGUUGUAAUGCUUUUUGCAGAGAAAAACGUCUGACUUCAGACUUCAGUAGCAGCUCCAGUGACAACGGUGCCGUGUCUCCUGUAGAGAUGCUGAAGACACAGAAUGUGCACAUGCUGGAAAAACAAGGCUCUACAGAAAGCCUUGACACCAUCACCAUCACCCAAGAGGAGAGAGAUAUUGAGGUGAGGCAGGCAGAUUUGAAAAAAUAUCUGACCCUAACAGAAGUGGAUGGGAAACCAAGUGUGUCUGGGUGGACAGGCCAGCCAGAGUCGGUGUGCCUGUUUCACAAAGGAGACCAAAUUCUGGCAAUUAAUGACUUGCACACCUGCAGCAUGGACGAGGUCAACAUGUUUCUCGGCAAGUCUCUCAAAAAUGAGGUGAAAGUGACCAUCCUGCGUCUCCCUGGGUGCCCGCCUCUGCAUUUGCCAAACUGUCCCUGCAAUGACUGACUGCAAACCGACUAUUAGAAAUGAAAUAGUUUUACUUCCAAUGUGUAUGUAUGAGUGUGUUCAAAUUACUCUUGGAGACACUUCCUUUCUGUGGAUGGUGGGUUUGUACCAUGUAUUGACCACUUUAGACAUCUGACAGUAUUUUGAGACCGUUCUCAUGUCAGGGCGUCCAAUACCAACGCUUUUAGAAAAAGUGGCAAAACGCAGUUAUUUGACAUCGAAAGGUACCCUUCAGCGACUAAUAUAAGACGCUUCCGGAUGCGUCUCUAUGAGACGCUCUGGGGCGUCUCGUACAGAUUGGAAGUACAAGCUAGCUAGCUAGCUAGGUUUGUGUUAAAGGUGUUGACAGCCCCUCGAAGCCCCCUACCCUUACCACAACCAUCAGAAAUGUUAGUACCAAAACCUAAGUCACUCACUUUAUGCAUGUCAACCAAUGUGCUAGCAGGUAGGGUACCUUUAAAAUACUAACUUACUGUAAAAUACUUUGUCACGCAUUCUGAAAGCAUCAGUUAUGACGCACUGAGAUGAGAACGUGUUGGUAUUUUCCCAGGGCUGUGGCCAGCUCCUAUUGAUCUGUCACUCUACUUGUUUACUCACUUUAAAAGUCAAGUAGAGCACGCAUAAAGUGAAGUUAAGUGAAAUCUAAUACAUGGCCCGCAUCAUACUGUAUGUGAAAAAGUUUAACUGCAUUUUAGCUGCUGAGCAUUCUGUGUGUAAACAAUCCUUUGCAGUACAGAGAAUGAUUACUGUGCUUAAUUCAUUGUGAAUUGUAUUUACUGUAGAUAAGAGCUAGAUAUAGAUUAGAUGUAAAUUAUCAAAAGUUGUUUCUGGAAGGAAACAAAAGCUAAAUUCUAAAGUCAUAUUUCCUCAUAGCGCCUGCAGGAUGUCGGGACAAAUGUGAUCACCAGAUAAAAUUUAAGUGGUGUGAUGUUGUGCAAGAAUGGUUACCACAUAUACAGUAGACUUACUAUUAAACAAUUAUAUUUUUACACUAAGCUGUACAAAUAAUCAAAAUAUUUUAACACUUUAAAUGCACAUUAAAUACAGUAGAGCCAAUUGAAAACUCUCUAAAGUCCUGUAAAAGCAAAGAUUUCUGUUCAAUCUGGACAUGAGUUGGAUCUUUUCUUGCGACUGAAUCCCAAAUGUGACUUCUGUAAGAAUGCUUUAAUUUCACUAAUCAACUGUAUUCCAAGAUGACAGGAAGCAGCAGCAUUCAUAAAGAACAUGAAGGUGCUGUUAGGCACGAGACAAGACGCUCUGAAUAAACAUUUAUGAUCCCAAUUAAGUGAUUAAAUAUUUUUAAAACAUAUCCACUGUUGCCAUAAAUAUUCAAACUCCAACUGAGAAAGAACUGAGUUGCAUGACUAGUGUGAAUGUCAGCGAUGCGGAUUCAUUUCCAGUUAGCUCAGUAUGCCAUGUAACACCUAUGAUGACGAUUAUUUGGAAAGCAUGCCUGUCUAAUGAUGCCUUCUUGAGAGCACAAAAACAAAGGUGCACUGUGUGUUUAAAACAUGUAUGUAGUUAGUUGUUAGUUGUUAGUGUCUCCUUGCAUAGAAAAAGGCAGUCAUACGUCCAAAUUUAAACAUUCCUUUUCUUGUUUCUCUCAAGAGUGCUUAUAGUAAUUAGGGGUGGAUGAAUGAAUUAGGAAGAGACUAGUAUUUCAUGUCGUCCACACGUCAGGGGCAGUCUGGUGAAUUAUUAUGGCCACAGAAAGGCGUUGCACCUCUGUUUCACUUAAUUCUUACAUUUCCUCAAAAUGACUUACAAUUGCUGUGGAGCAACUAUGGGUUAAGUGUGUUGCUCAGGGACACACUGGUGGAUGGGUCACAAUGGGGUCUUGAACCUAGGUCUCUCCCACCAAAAGCAGGUGUCCUAUCCAUUGCACCAUCACCAACCAUUUAUUUUCUCUGAUUUGAAGCAGAAAUGGUGAAUUAUAUAGCUGACGACACUUUGCUGAAAUGUGGUUUCAAUAUAACUUGAGAAGAUUGUUGAAAUCCGUUUAAAAUUAUUUCUGGUGACAAAUGCCACUCCCAAACAAAGACAACAUCAAAUGGAAGUUAUCUGCAAGGCCUGUUCACUUGAAGUGCUACAAAGCAUUCUCGAGUUUUAUAUUUAAAAUUCUUAUUCGUUACCUUUUUUUUUUUAUUAUUAUGUCCACUGACCCAAUGUCCACAGAUGGCAAGGAGAAAGCUUGCCUCUAAACUCUUUUCAAAUAUUAUUUGCUAUAGUUAAUAUUCUGACGAGUCCUUUUCCCAUCACAUCGUAGGCCCUAUAUGCCUUUCCAAGAUUAAUGUUUCAAGUUUUAAUGGAGCUAUUAAACAGAUGUGAGAUCUGACAAAAAAUGAUAAAUAUGUUUAUUUUUUAUUAUUUACUUAAACUGUGAUGCUCAAGCUGUGCUGUAUUAUAAAUUAGCUCUAUGCAUCCUGUGCGAGGGUGUAGCAAAUACAGGUUGUACUGGGAUGCUGAAACUUUUAUUUGUAAAAUGAUUGUGAAUAAAUUUCACCAGAUUGUUAAAACACUGAA